GGCGCGGCGAAAGACCUCCGUGAUAUUUGGCGCCAUUUGUCGAAAACAAUUCACUACACUAAAACCUACAUUAUUAGUGAAUAUGCGCUCUCAACAUUAGAUUCAAAUGCACUUCUGAUUACAUUUCCACGUAAGGUGGGUUUGGGGAUCGGUUAUUAUCACAUGUUAUGUUUGUUUUUCGCCGGUUUUGGAGUGUGUAUCGUUGUUUGGGAAAUGUGUAGGUAGGAUUACUGUUUACGUAAACUCGUUGUUGUGCUCAUAUUUUAUGCACUGUACACUGUAUAUUUAGACUAUGUAUCAACGUGUCCCUCAAAGAAGGAAAAGAACCGAACUUUAGUUUUGGGGGUGAAACGAUGGCUGGGGCCGUGGCUAUGGCGUCUGUUAUGGAAGAUUUUGAGGGUCAGCCGUGUAAGAAAUUGAGGAAGGAUGGUGAUGCACCAUCUGUCAAAACGAUUACUAACUACUUUAUGCCCAAGCCGGUGGAGAAACCGUUCUCACCACCACGUUCUAACAACAUUAUGGACUACUUUAAGAGGACCUCGCCUGCACAAGAAAUAAAAAGCUGCCCUUUAGUAGCUAAAGAAAGCUCCCCGCAACCUUCAGAGCAAGUAAGUCGAGAAAUCCCUGGUAAACCUAUAAGAGGACAGGGACAGAAGCGAACCAGGAAGGCCAAAGACAGCAAGAAGGCCAAAGAGGAGGAUGCACAGGUGGUCACAGAUGACGUUGUCUUGAUGGAAAGUCCCAGUGAAUCAGCUGUAAAUGAAAGCAAUACUGCUGUCCUUCCAGCUCAAAACUCUGAUAAAGAAUCUGAUGCGAGGAAAAAUGCCACUGAGGCUGAUCCAAAUGUCCUGACGAUUAAGAAUUCUGCAGAAAGUUCUGAACAGAAAUCCUCGUUAAAACAAAGCAGGAGGAAAGACUGUGCAAACAGAAAAUCUGCUGUGAGGAGAAACCGAAAGGCAAAAGUUGGCUGUGAAGAAACUAAGGAAUGUGAUGCUGAUGCUCAGGAGCCUGUAUGUGAGACUAAAUUGGAGGAAAGUGCAGAUAAGAAAAGCAGCACCAUCACAAUCUCAUUUAAAGACUUCCUGCAGAAUCAAAGUCAAGAGCAGGAAGAGAGCAAUGCGAUUCCCAAGACUGAUGCCACUGACACAUCAAGUGAAGGCAACCUCUGUAUCUCUGAUCAGAGUGAUUCUGCAGUCGGUCCUUUACAGGUAUCACCCCGAACUCUCACGAUUCAAGCUGAGGUGCAUCCCAUUUCCCCUGAUCAUCAUGAGUCCGUCAAAGUUGCCAAGGAGUUAAAAGUUGCAUCUAUUUUUAGUAGAAAUAAAAAAAGUCAAUUAAAAGAGGACAAGAGUUUGUCUCAUCUUAUCCCAGAGGUUAAACCGGACGUAUUGCCUGACCUCAAAAGGAAGUCUAACGUUGUUCUUCUAGAGGAAGAUCUGGAACUUGAUGUGGUGGAGUCCAGCCCCAAUCCUAAAAGCACUGAGGCAGAGAGAAAGCAGUUUAUGAAUGCCUUUAAGCAGCCUAGUCUUGAUGGGUUUAAAAGCAAAACCAACAAGGGUCAGAGCAAGCAGAACCACGUUCACGAGAAAGUACCGGAGGCAGCAGACAGAGAACACGAAAAAUCUCUCGAGAACAAAACUGAAGAAAAAUGUAUUGAGGACAAAACUGAAGUGACCAGCUUGGAGCAGCAUGAAGAACAGAAGAGCUGUCCUGGUGACAAAAAGAAGCGAGCUAGGAAAUCUGGGAAGAAUGGGCAAGCUAAGAAAGCUGAAGAUGCACAAGCUGCAACUCCGAAACCUGAAGAACCUCCCAAAGAGGUCGGUAAUGAGAGUAGCCCAGCUGAUAAUGACAGCAGUGAAAAGGCUGUCAGAGAGCUGAGGAGGUCAACCAGAGAGCUUUCACGAAGGCAGUCAGCCGCUGUGCUUAAUACCGCACCACAGAAGAAAGAGAGGCAAGAGGACACAGUAAAAGAUGAUGAGACCCAAAAUACACCCUCUCUGGCCUCCACCCCAAAAGCUCAAAGGUCCAAAAGGGGAAUUUAUAGAGCUGAAAUGCUCUGCCCACCAGACAUGAAAGGCAGCCCUAUCAGGAUGAGAAUCACCAAAGUAUUUCUGUCCUCUGCUACAAAAGCUGGUGAUUUUGAAAUAUCAAGUCCUCUCUCAACACAGGAAUUAAAUGCAGUUAAAAAAAGAAAACAAGCUAGGAAGCUGGUGCAGGAAGCCAAAGCUCUUCAGCAAAGUAAAAAAGACACUAAUAAGGAGAAAGACACUGUACGACGUUCUUCAAGAAGCAAAGAGUCUGUCAUAAAUUACUGUGAAGAUGAGGAUUCUAUAGUGUUUUUGGAGGACAGCAAAAGCACUCCAGUCACCUCACAGGAAAGUGACAAAAGCCAGAAAAACCUUCGUAGUUUGAAUGAAGUUUUGGGUAAAAAUAAAACAUCCAAGACUCCUGCAGCUUCUAAAGUGGCUCUUCUGUUUGGUGAAAAAAAAGCUCUGAGACCGUCGGUUAUCAUCUCCAUUUUUGAUGACAGCAGUCGAGAGGCAUCAGAGAACUCGCAAGAUGAUGAACAGUUCAGAUCAAAGAGAGAGUUUCUGAAGAGUGGCCUUCCGGAGUCCUUCAAAAAGCAGAUCGCAAAGACAGCAGCCAGUCGAGAGGCGUACAGCCAGGCCUGUGCUUCUUCCCAGACAGUGGUUCAUAUCCAGCAGCGGGCUGCAGAUUGUUGUGUUUGGAACCUCCAGUGGCCUACGAAUCCCUUCCUGAGUUGUUUGAAGGAGUCCUAUAAUUUACCAUCUGUGCCACUGAUGUCUUUGGAGAAGUCUUUAGGUUAUACUACAGUUCCUGCUAAAAGAGCCUUUUGCCACCAGAUGUCCUGUUGUCGAAGAUCCGAGUUUUCUGAGCCAAUCAGGCAGCAUCUUUUGGAGGAGAUGAGAAUCUCCAAUCCCUCCUUCCCUCAUCAACGCUUUUUUACGCAGUUUGUUAAGAGACGUGAGGACUACAUCCUCCAGGCCUCUGCUUCAGAACCUGAAGUUGAGUCUAAGGUGUCCUGCCCUGCUGGAACAUCUAAUGGUGUCGGAAGGAAAAGGAAGCGUGUGGAUGAAGGAGGGACAACAGGCAAAGUGGGUAAAAAACCAAAGUCCAGUCCAGAAGGGGAUGCCAUAGUGACUGAAGAAAGUCCACCAUCAGGAGUUCAGGCAGCACAGAAUGUCUCUGACACUGUGCCGUCUGGCAGAAGUCGAAGAGGUCGGUCACUGAGAAUAAAGCAGAAAGAAGAGGCCAAGCCGGCAGAGUUGAUCUCACCUGUGGGAAACCAGAGUGAUGCUCUCAUUAUAAUGGAUUCCCCUGUCCCAGAAAGUUCAAGCACAGGAGAUCGAGUGAAAGAGGAUGUGCUUUGGACAGAGAAAUAUCAGCCGCAGCAUUCCAGUGAAGUAAUUGGGAAUAUGGAGCCUGUCUGGAGGCUACACAGCUGGCUGAAAGAGUGGAAAUUGAGAGCUGACCGGGAAGAGAAGAGGAAACAGCAGGAAAAGAAGCAAGAGGAGGACAGUAAUGACUCCUGGCUCAUAGGAGAAGGUCUAGAUGAGACAGAAGAUCGUAUGUGUAACACUCUUCUUAUUACUGGACCCACUGGAGUGGGCAAGACUGCUGCAGUCUAUGCCUGUGCACAAGAACUUGGAUUCAAGGUAUUUGAGGUGAACUCCUCGUCUCAAAGGAGUGGUCGUCAGAUCUUAUCCCAGCUGAAGGAAGCCACUCAGUCCCACCAGGUUGACAUCCAGGGUGUCAACGCUCAAAAACCAUCAUACUUCAGCAAUUAUAGCAGCAACAGCACCACUAUCAAAGUCGGCUCCUCUCCCAGGAAGUUGAACUCCCCCAGAAGGGUUGUAUCAUCGCCCAGGAAGCCUCCUCUGUCCCCUCGAAUGGCUCCAUCCAGAAGAGGAGGCUUGGCUCCGACAUCUCUAGCCAAUUUCUUCAAAGCAGGUGGAAGGCCCACUGGCAAAGAUGCAAACAGUCAAGACAAGAAAACACAACCUGUCUUAAAAGCAAGUCGGAAAAAGUCUGCCGAAGCAAAAGAGGCUGACAGCAAAGAGUGCCCCAUUGGAACAUCAGCGGGCACCAAGAUCUCCGCUGAAGACCAGGACAAGAGGACUGCCACAUCCCUCAUCUUAUUCGAGGAGGUGGACAUCAUAUUUGAUGAUGACUCUGGAUUUUUGGCUGCAAUUAAAAACUUCAUGUCUACAACUAAAAGACCAGUUAUUCUAACAACCAGUGAUUCAAACUUUGGUGCUACAUUUGAUGGGUGCUUUGAGGAAAUCCAUUUAAAAUCUCCUUCAGUGGCAGAUGUGUCCAGUUAUCUCCAGCUGCUGUGUCUGGCGGAAAACAUGAGAACAGACACUAAGGAUCUGUCCUGUCUGCUGGACUGGAACAGGUGUGAUGUACGUCAAAGCCUCCUGCACCUGCAGUUCUGGGCCUGCAGUGGAGGUGGACAUCAGGUGCAUCGGCCUUGGCCUUUCUCAGAGCUCAAAGGGGAUGUCAAGAGUGACAUUGACCAUCAGUCUGUCAAAGCUCAGGAUGUAAAUGAGCAUGAAAUACCACCCUGCCACACUGCAUGCACAGAGUGUUUGCUGGGGAUCCGAAAUAUGCAAACAGAAAAUAUUGCAGAUUUGCUGCUAAAGGUGAGUGUUUAUCUCCUAAAAUAUAAAAGCCACUAA